CCUAAAUAAAUAAAUCUUUAACAGCAAGUUAUCAGCAUUGUUCCUCUGCAGUGUUUCUUUAACUAGUUAUUACAUUAAUGAUUAAACAUUUAUCAUCUAUGAUAGAAUCAUCUUGUUUCCUCGUACCUCACGUUCAGCUAAAACAUCGCUAGUCAUGUGGAAAUUCAACUGUUUAUCACAAUGUCGGAGAUUAUUGAACGCAUCAGGUUCUGUGUCGGACCGAGAGCUUGUCUUGAAGUCAAAGAAAGAACUAUUUAUCUUUCGUAAUCAAAGUACUACUCCGGACUCCAGCAGUAAUUUCCAUGGAGGCCCCGGUCGAUACCAAAGAUCCCAAAGAUACCAAAAACGUUCAACUUCAGUCGGUGAUGUAGCAUUACUGAUUAUUCCAAUCGGUUGUUUUGCUCUUGGAUGCUGGCAAGUUAAAAGGAAGAAGUGGAAGGAAGACCUUUUAGAAAAAAUUGAGUACCAAACAACGUUAGUCCCUGUCAAUUUACCAGAAGAUUUAUCAAAUAUUCAGGAGUGGGAUUACCGUCCUGUGAGGGUAAAAGGAACCUUUGACCAUUCCAGAGAAGUUUUUCUAGGCCCAAGGUCAUUGUUGCUGAAUGGAGCAGCUGUUAGUCAAAAUACAGGACUUCUCUCUACACAAGACGCAAACAAGACCGGUUAUUUAGUUAUAACGCCAUUUAAACUUUCAGAUAGAGAUGUGUCAAUUCUUGUGAAUCGAGGAUGGGUGCCUUCCAGUAAAAGGGAUCCACGAACAAGGUUUGCGGGUCAAGUUGAAGGAGAGGUCGAAUUAGAAGGCAUAGUAAGAACUGCUGAACGUAGAGCUCCAUUCAUGAAAGAGAAUAGGAAUCCCCACCUUUGGACCUACAGGGAUAUUGAAAAGAUGGCUCAAGUCCUUCAAACCAGUCCUAUUUUCAUAGACGCAAAAGUAGAGAGCUCUGUGCCUGGUGGCCCAAUUGGAGGUCAAACAAAAGUCGAUUUAUGGAAUGAACAUUUCACUUACAUUCUUACAUGGUAUAGUUUGGCUAUUGGAACCGGGUACGCAUGGUACAAAAAUUACCUUAAGAAGGUAUGAAGAAAUUGAAUAAGUAAUAUGAAGUACUGGAAGGCCUAUAUUCUCUGGAGAUCAGAAAUUUAUGACCAUUAUUCUGUCGAAUAUGUUAUACAUUUUACCUUUGUUAUCAUUUUGUAUGUUUUAAUGUAUUUACUAAAAAUGAGUUAUGUUUUUUCGAGAAUGUUCAAGAUUUUUUUAGGUUGUCUUCAGGAGGGAAAUUUUUUCCUUUCACAUAUACUAUCUUGUACUUAUUUUUCAAGACUGAUUAUUUCAAACUUACGAGAGAGUUAGUCUAAGGUCACUUCUUUACUGGUAGAACUUGUGCAAAGAAAAAAGGGAUCGUGAAAAAAUUGUUCAGAGACAUGAAAACUUUUAAGUACAGUGUGGACUAAAAAUUAUCCAUGAAUUCACCAUGCUUCAUCGGCAUCUUUUCUUGAGUUGAGUCUUGGUGGAUUGAAAGGGCCAAAAAAUGGACGCAUUAGUCAUAAAUUUAGCAAAUUUCCUCAAAGAAUGAAAGUUUCUCUCAUGCUUUUUAAAAGGUUAGCAUUCUGUAAAGUUACAUUUUAUCAAUCUUGAAAACGGAAGUGGAUAACUAAAAAAAUCGUCUUUGAAAGCUUAAAACCUCAUGAUUUUAUAGUAUUUUUUUAAAUUCAUAUCAACAUUACUCAUUAAGAUUCGUCCAAGUAUUUUUUUAUUCAUCCCAUUCUGACAGCUCAAAUUCUAUGGGUUGCUUCAUGUCUUAGUCUCCAAUUAGCCAUAUCUUAACUGCUAUAUUACUAAAUCACUAACACAGAUCACAGAAUUGCAUUUUGGCCACUAUGUUUGAUAAUCUAAGAAGCAAUCUUAAUUCUUGUUUUUCCUUGAUAUUUAUUCAAUUGAAGUUGAACAUUGUAUUUAGUUCAUGCUAAGUCAUUUGGGGUUUGAAAACACCGAAACAUCAGCUAGGUCAGAAUCAUUGCCUCUGCAUCCUUCCGGAAAGAAGGCACCACCUGUUGUAAUUGGAAAUGUGAAAGUGCUAUCUUCUUUCCAAUAGGAGGGACAGCGACUUUCUACAAUUCAACAAAUUCAUCACUUGGUGAGCAGCAUUUUCAUUGUCACAGUUAAUUGGAGAGCCUCUGAAUGCUCUGAAUUCGUGUCUUUCAGAUGUAUUUUUCUGACAACUUGAAUUUUGCUGCUCAUAGUCGUCUCAAAGAUGCUAUUCAGAAUUUAAAUUCUUGUCUCUGCGCAUCAGUCACUUUACUUUGUUUUCAAAUUUGGUCCUCCCUCUACAAAAGUCCCAUCUUAUUUAAGUAUGGUAACAAUAUCUGAAUAUUCCAAGGACUUUAGCUGUUAGUAUGCCAGGUAAAUAAUUGUCCAGUGAACCUCAAAUGUCUUAUUAAGUCUUUUAUGUAUCAAUUGACUAAUUUUUAAACGCACAUUUGUGCUCUUCUUGCUCUCUUAUGAAUCUUUUUUAAUAGUUUUAUGGGGUAAUUUUUCUUGAAAGGGGCCACCCAUAAAUUACAUAAGGCAUUUUAAUUGAUUUUUAGACCAGCCUUCCCUACCACCAUCACCACCACCACCACCAUCAUCAUCAUCAUCAUCAUCAUCAUCAUCAUUAAGGCACCUGCAUGGCUACUCUUGAUCCCCCUAAAUAAUUAUGUGAAGCUGGCCUAAUUCUUCAUUGAUGAGGGAAAACGCAUGAUUUUACAAGAAAUAGUGUUAGUUCAAAUCGACUCUGUCUGAGGAAUCAAAUGUGUUCUAGGGUAAGUCAUUUCAGUAGAUAGCAACCAUAAACAUGCACAGUGCCUGAAGAAGAAAAAAUAAUGAAAGAUAAGACAAAAAAUAGCGUGAAAAAGAAAGAAAAUUUUAGACACCUUUCAAGAGAAAUCUCUAUCUUCUCUCCUUUCUGGGAGGCAUUUUGCCAUACGUAAGGCAGUGCUUGACUCCCUCUUCCUUAAGGCACCUCUUUGCUCUUACGCCCUCCUUAGGUGCCUUACGCUCUUUAUGGACGGCCUCUAAAUUGUAACAAGAAUAAAAUGUCAAGAAAAAACGAAAUUAGUACACUUGUAUGUCAAUACUAUUCCUUCAAGAUCACAAUCAUGACACAACAAGAUUAAGGGUACCAAGAGUAAACUGUAUCUUCUCCUGUAAUUACUCUUUGAUUGUUCGGGUAAUGCUCUUUGUUUCCAGACUCUUUUAGUAUCCAUCCGUGUGCAUUUUAUGUCUGUGUAGAAAUACUUUCUUGUAACUCUCUUUUUUCAAGAUUGCGCAAUAAAUCAAUGAAAUGAUCAA